GUCAAUCACUCCGUCAAGUCAAGUUUGUUUUUCCGUCAGCAAGGUGCAGUGAGGGUUGACACCCGGAGCUGUUGCAGAUAUUUUCAAUUUGGUGCCUUUUUUAUUUAGGGUUUUUUUAUGAGAACAAUCAACUGGAGGCUCAGGCAGUGACACAAUGCUAAGAGACAGUGCACAGAUAUGGCCCGAAACUUCAAACCACUCGAGCCUUUGUGAUAAUGAUCAAGAGGAUCUGAUCUUUGAGGACUAUGACCACCUGGACUCCAGGGUUAUGAACUUGAGCAAUCUUCCUACAUCGCUAUUUGCUUGCUGCGUUCAUGAAACAGUCUAUGAAGAUGAAAAUCAGAGGGACAUGGGUGUCACUGACCAGGCCUGCAUUUAUUACCCGUCCCAUUUGCUAUUAGAAUGUAUUAUGGGCAUCAAGACACAAAAAGAAGAUCGAUUUGAAGCCCUUUUCCGGGUUUAUGAUGAACAAGCCACAUUCCAACUGUUCCAAAGCUUCCAGAGAGUACGGAUAAAUUUCACCAAUCAAGAGGCAGCUGCACGUGCCCGAAUAGAACUUCAUGAAUCUGACUUUAAUGGCAGCAAACUCAAACUUUAUUUUGCACAGACAAGAAAGGAAAAUGUUGACAAGUCAGAUAAAAUAUCAGAAACAUCAGAGAAGGAGCAAGAUGGUAGCAAUCUAAACAAGGUUCAAAACAGUGAAGACAAGGUUGAUAAAAUGUACUUGACCCCACCGCCGCCUGUGAAACAAUUCCUCAUCUCCCCUCCAGGGUCUCCUCCCGUUGGAUGGCAUCAGAUUGAAGAUGCAAGUCCCACCAUUAAUUAUGAUCUUCUGCGUGCAAUCGCUACACUUGGUCCAGGUGACAAGUACGAGGUGCACACAGGAACAGAAGGCACUCCAAGUGUUGUGGUUCAUAUCUGUGAGAGUGAAAAUGAAGAUGAAGGUGCAGUUAAACUGCCAAAACAAAAAAUAGUUCAAACAAAACGACCAGAUAAUGCACCAACAGUGAACAAAUGAAGCGUCUGUCUACCUGCCUCCUCUGACCAUAUCAUUUACUGCAGCAACAAUUUAAUGGCUGUUUUUUCUUUUCUUGAGGACUGUUUGUCCAUCGUUAUAUGAAAAAAAGUAGUAAUUUAGGUGAUUUCCUAAUAAAAGAACAACUGUAAGGAUUCCUUUUUUGUGGCUUUGAAGCUUUAUUCCAUGUUCACCCAGUUUGGUCCGACCUCACCAGACACAGAAUGAUGUUGGCUGACAGGGGAACCAAAUGGCAGGAUUGCUUCCCUCUCCUCAAAAAGCUUCAAAUCCAUAAAAUUGUUAUGUAGCUUCAGUAUUUGAUCAAAGCUUUAUUUCAGCCCUUUUCAGAUGUGUGAAUUGUAAAUGUCGCUAUUGUCUCUUUUGCAAUGUUGUGUUCUGUAUUCUCUGUCUUGAAUGUUGUUCUGAACAAAUAUUGACCAUAGGAAGCAAUACAAAAACUGUUUGCAUCCAUAGUCUUGCAAUACUUCAAGCUAAUUAGAUUCUAAUUAGAGAAAGAGACCAAACUGUUGUGAAGUAUUCUUCACCCCCUCUCCUGUAUUUCCCCACGCCUCCCCAUUUCCUUCCCAGGAACAGUGGUGAGGUGAAAUAGUGAUGCCAUUAGGCAGCUCACUUUCACAAUUGAAAUGAAUUUCAGAUGAUGCAGUUUGUGCUUGAUUUUUUUGUCUUUUUAAUAAAAUCAAUUCACUGGCAGAAAUGAAACUGAUGAGUCUGGAAAGGUGUAGCAGUAAGUCAUGCUUGCAUCUGUAGAGAAAGUUGUCAUUGUUUCAGGCCUGUAUGCUUUUCCAAAAUUGCGUUUGCAGGUUGAACCAAGUUAAUGCCACUCAAUGAACAAUGAGGCACCAAUGAAUCAUGUUUGAUAACCCAUAAAGCUUUAAGGCAAAUACUUUGGCAUGAUGUGGCAUCUCAUGGCAAACUCCACCCACUUCUACAGUUCUCCAAUUUGACUUGAUUUGUUCACUGAGUAUUGCAAUUUUUCAUAAAAGUGUCUGGAGCUAAUGAGCAGAUCUAGAUGAUAUGUUAUUUGCCAAACAAAACACUUGCUCUAGCAAUGAUUUAAAUAAAGAGAAGCAUAUAUUUGCUGAGUAGUUUCUGCUCAAUUAACAUCAAUUACCUCUGAUAGUUCUUUAUUGCAUUAAAAAUGAAUUAUACAUUGAGUUAUGUAAUGUAACUACACAACAAAUUAAAUUUAAAAAGCACAUUAAGUAGUUUUUAAAAUGUGGAAUUAGAUAAAGUUUGUCUUAAGCAAUGAGUUAAGAGUAGACUUCAGGAUAUUUGUUUAAAAAUUCAAACUCUCUAUACAAUUUGCAAAGUAUGCAUUCUGUGAAUUCUGAGAUCAAAAUGUUUUGAUUUAAAAUUAGGAUAUAAAGAAAACUUAUUCUUACGGAAUAUUUGUGUAAUAUUAGAAUUUCUACAAAUGCAGGUUCUAUUUGUCAUUGCAAACAAAAUUUGUGUAGACUAUUUUCAAUUGAAUCUAGCUCUUGGCUUGAGUGGGGUGUAUAGGUAAUGCCUUAAAUCUAAUUUUAAUAGCAAUCUUUGUUAUCAUUCCGAUUGUGUGUCAAGGUGGCUGCAUUCAUUAGACAAAAAUUCUAAUACAACGUCAGUAAUGACCAAACCUGCAAGUGUAGAAGUUUAAACUGAUCUUGUGAAUUUUAAAUCACUGUUAAAGCUUUUGGUUUUGACUAUGAUAUUGAUUGAAUAUUUAAACUGCUCAGAUAGCCAGUUUGCAAAGCCUGUACUGGGUUCUAUUGUAGAUAUUUCUAUAUCAAUCUGUUCAAAUGUGUUAUGACAUGCUGCUAGAGCAGGUGGGACUUGAAUCUAGGCUUUCUGGCUCAAAGAUAGGGACACUACUAUUAUACUACAUGAAUUCCAACCCCUGACUCCCUCCUAGGUUACAUUGUAAGAUGUUCAGUACCAGCUCCAUAACAGCACAUAAAGUAGCCUCCUGUUUUCUCUGAAUCCCUUUAUUUGUUGAGUCUGAUAUGUUCAUUUCCAGUUUUUCAUGGGAAUCCCUUGUCCAAGGAUUUCAAUCUCAUGACUUUAAUUAGUGAUCUGUUCCUGGCAGGAGAGAUAUUGUGUUCUGGACUGGAUUUGUUUUCUGUGUCACCUCAACAGUAGGGAGCCUGCAUAAGCAGAACAUUCAUCAGAAAAGGAUCUCAAUGGUUUCAACUCGUUUGGAUGAUCAGGGUAAGACAGCAGUAGCAAAGAAAAUGCUGACAUAGAAGCAGAAUGUAAGGAUAGCGCAAACUGGAAGACUAGCCUUUAUUCUGAUUGAGGAAAGAUAUUUACUACUUUAAUGACCACAUCAUCUCAACUAUGAUUCUGUGUGCACUGUUUGAUUGGUUGUGUGGCAGAAAGUGCAGAGGAGGACAGUAUUUUUCCCUGGAAAGAGAACAUUGUAGUAGCUGAAUCCAUCAUCACUGUUCACGGUGUGUGCCCCUGUCCCACCUCCCCAAUCCCCCGCCCCCCACCCCACCCCCCAAAAAAAGAUCAAAAGGCUUAGCUGUUGUUAUUAAUAACUUCAAUUUUGUGAACAUAAAGCAAGAUACUUACUGGUCUGAGGAAGGGUCACUGAACCCAGAAUGUUAACUCUGAUUCCUCCCCACAGAUGCUGUCAAAUCUGCUAAGCCAUUCCAGCACUUCCUGCUUUUGUUUCUGAUUUCCAGCAUCUGCAGUUCUUUCAGUUUUUUGAAGAUAAUUACUCAACUAAAAUUAUUUUUGCACUGCUUUAUGGAAUAUAAAAUAAUCUGUGUUCCAGUCUCUUGCAGAAAAUGUACCUUUUCAGCCCCAGACGAUCAGUGUUUACCAUCAAGUGUUUACCAUCUGGUAUUCAUAUGAAUAGAUUGACAUUAAAAUUGCAAUAUUGCAAGGAAAAGUGUAAAUUUAGGGCAAUAUUUAAUGUAGGUGACGGGAGGUCUCACUCACCAGCUGAGAAGUGACUGGCAGUGCCACAUUAUCACUUUUUAGGAAGGCCCAUUGCAUUGUUCCAGGUAGGCACUGAAUUGGGCAAUGAUGGGCUUUCCCUGGCAUCAAGGACACUGAGCCAGAGGUUGGCAGCACUUCAUAUCUCAGCAAAACCACUGUGAAAGUGUGGUUGUUGCCAUUAAUGCAUCCACCUGAGGCCCAAGGAUCAGGGAGGGACCCAGGCCAGAGGUAAACAAUGUCAGGAGGAGUAUCACAAGGAAAAGUGGAAGGUGAUCAGUCAGCAAGAGCAGGGGGUUGGUGCAUGGUUUCCACCUCACCAUCCUAGUGUUAGGUCUAUCAAUCAUCCUGCCUUUUUUGGGCUUCCCACAUGAUAAGUCUCCCACUUCCAUUAAUAAAUAUCAGCAGCAUUGGGGUGAGGCUCUGAAGUGGGCAAGGCAUUUAUUGCCUACUUAAGGGCCUCACUUCACAGUUUAACAGACGGUUAUCCAUGAGCCUUCUGCAAUGAACUGAAUUGGAGCAGCGAGUGGAAGGUGGUUCAGUUCCCAUCCACCACUAUUUGUCCUUUUGUGAAAGAAAUCUGCCACCCUUACUUGGUCUGACCUUCAUGUGACUCCAGACCCAUAGCAAUGUGGUUAACUUAACUGCGUCCAGGAGAUUAGGGAUAGGCAAUAAACGCUAGCCUGCCCAGCAUUGCCUAUAUUUCAUGAACAAACUUUUAAAACAUUAAAAUAAAAACAUACCUGCUGCCUGAUAAACAACCAGCAACUAAACUCACCACAGAAAUCGCAUUAAAUUCUAUCCAAAGAAUUGUUCAUUGCAAGUAUGUAAACAAGUGAAUAUUUGAACAAAAUGAGCGGCAAACUUCAAGCAAUUUAAACAAUGAUUCUACUUGUCCAUGCAUAGGAGGUACACUGGUCACUGUUAGAAAGGUGUUGGUGCUGUUUUGCCAGGCUACGAGGAGGUGUGUGAGAGCGGUACUGACAUGUCCUUUAUUCCCCCAAAAAACAAAGCGAAGAUCAGUGACUUAAAGUUUGGAUGACUACAGGCAGCAAAUGAGCUGCAAUGCAUUGUACUGUUGAUUUACCAUAAAUUUCCAAAAUACUAAGUUCAAUGUAAUUGCAAGUUUAGGUGAGUAUUGAUUAAUUACUGAAACUGGAAAAAGAUGAUGUUCUUUGCACCGUAGGAAAGUGGGAUCCCCAUAACUCAAAAUGUGGGAAGUAUUUGGCAACUAAAAAUGUUUUAUGUUAUUAAUUAUAAAAAAAAUUCUUCUUGUAUUUAGUUUUUUUUUUGCCUCCAAUGUUUCCUACAAGACCACAUCCGUUUGUUUGAAAGUAUAUGACCAUAAGAUGUAGGGAGCAGAAUUAGACCCUUCGGCCUAUCAAGUGUGUUCCACUAUUUGAUCAUGGCUGAUAUGUUUCUCAACCCAAUUCUCCUGCCUUCUUUGCAUAUGCUUUCAUCCCCAAUGUGACAAUGUAUCCAGGUCAGUGCUAGGAAUCAUACUGAGUGGUGUCGGAUGGAACUCAUCCCCUUUUACAGAUAUGACUAGAUAUCUUCAUAGUGAAUUAGUGCACACAAUUCUUUGAACACUUCAGUCAAUUUUCCACCCCUGCCAAGGGUCCGUUCAUUUGAUGAUAUCUGCCUUGUUCCCAAAUGAGGAUUUCCACAUAUAUUGAUCCUGUGGCUGAAUAUUUUAAUGGAGAAUUGGAAGAACACAAGUAAAGUUGCCAUGCUCCUUCCAAACCAUAGGCUGCUCCGCCAUUAGAGAGAGAGAGAGACAACUGGUAGUGAUUUAACUUGAGGGUCACUAUGCCUCGGGUGAGGGAAGAGGUUGAGAAGGUGAAUCCUUCAUGGUGUGGGAAUGGAACCCAUGUUAUUGGCAUUACUCUUCUUUCCAUUCACCUGAGCUACCCCAAACCCCAAGUACUGAGUAUUCGUAUACAUGUUUAUUUGUUUUUAUCUGAGGAAAAGCAAAAGUGAUAAGAAAUAAAAUCUAAUCAGUUUAGCAACUUCCAGAAUAAGGAGAAAGUGAGGACUGCAGAUGCUGGAGAUCAGAGUCAAAAAAUGUGGUGUUAGAAAAGCCAAUCCA